AUUAAAGUGGCAGUUUAUUGUAAACAACUGCAGCGUUCGUACAUCAUUCAAUGGUCGAGCACUCCAUAGCCUGGUCGUGCGCAAGUUACUGGCCCCGCCCAGCGGGCGGCCGGCCAAUCAGCGUGCAGCGUUUGCCAGGACACGCCCACUGAGUGCGCGGGCGCCGAUGACCCGUGAGAGCGUUAUUCAGUUUUUAAUCGGCGGUUGUCGGAGGCGGUUGUGAUGACGUCGUUGAGUGGUGAAGUGAACACGAGCAAGUUGAAGUUUAGCGUGGAGAGUAUCCUGGGAAAUGUUGGGUCGGGGGAGCCCAGGGGGGCGGAGGCGCCGCGGGCGCAGGAGCCGCCGUGCGCUGGUUGCGUGGCGGCGCUGUACCGCUGCUGUGGGGAUGAACCGCUGCUGCCGCUGCCGCUGCCCCUGCCCUAUGCGCAUUUGCACCCUGCCUUGAGGCCUACAACCGUUUACCGGCUACCAAUUCCCUCAUCGUCGCCACCUCAGCAACCCCCAGCAUCACGAUGUGACGUCACUUCGAGCGGCAAGCGCAAACGCUCGUGGUCUCGAGCGGUCUUCAGCAACCUUCAGAGGAAAGGGCUGGAGAGGCGCUUCCAAAUACAGAAGUACAUCACUAAGCCGGACCGGAGGCAGUUGGCGGCGACCUUAGGACUCACUGAUGCUCAAGUAAAGGUGUGGUUCCAGAACCGUCGCAUGAAGUGGCGACAUACUAAGGAGGGUCGCGGGAGCGCGGGAGGACCGCCGCUACCGCGCGCGCCCGACGAAGACGACAACGAACACGUCGACGUAGAUACGCUUAGCGAUUGAACAGUUCGACUAUAGUCUGGUCUGCGAGCACGCAGAAUUUUGUCCAAUGACCCCAAGCUACCCAUCCUUAUCGCUCGCGCGUAAUUAUAUUGCUGUCGCGACUGUGCGACGGGCGC